GAAAAAAGCCCCCACACACAACUGGAUUUUUGUGUGUCCAUUGUGGUUUGUGUGUGCGUUGCCCCUCCAUACAGCGAGAAUUCUCCCCGUCACGAUCUCUCUUCGCCAGCCCACCCCCCUUCGGUCCUUUUGAACGACAAACACCACCCGGAACUCCCUCUCACCCGGAUUCCUGCCAGAAACCACCCGCUUCGUAAUCAUGGAGGACGCUAUCAACGCCGUCUCGGCCGACGGUACUUCUAUCCUCUCCAACAUCGCCCCCCACCUCAGCAGACAUCUCCUCUUCCCUUUGAUCCAGUUUGAAGGCGACCAGGCCGAAGACAAGGGCGAUGCCGAGCUCGCCAAGAAGAUCCUCGCUGGCAAGAUCCAGCUGCUCGAGGACACCAACAUGACCGACUACGUCGCCAGCCUCUACACCGAGCUGCACGGCGUUGCUGAGCCUCCUGCCGAGUACACCAAGAAGAGACAAGAUGUGCUUGCCCAGCUCGACAAGUACGAGAGGGAGACGGAGAAGAUUGUCGACCUCUUGACCCAGGACGAGGUUAUCAACGGCCUGCGCAGCGACAAGGUUGCCAACUUGGAGUUUUUGAAGAACGAGCAUGGCGUCACCAUGGAGAUGGUCAACGCCCUCUACGACUUUGGCCAGUUUCAGUUCCGAUGCGGCCAGUACGGCCCUGCCGCCGACAUGCUCUACCAGUUCCGUGUCCUGUCCACCGACAACGACAAGGUGUCUGCCUCGACAUGGGGCAAACUGGCCUCGGAGAUCCUCUCGGCCAACUGGGAGUCUGCUAUUGACGAGCUCAAGAACGUGCGCGAGAACAUCGACACCAAGCUCUUCAACAACCCGCGCGCCCAGCUCGACCACCGCACCAUGCUGAUCCACUGGUCGCUCUUCCCCCUCUUUAACUCGGAGGCGGCCCGCGAGCCUAUCCUUGACAUGUUCUUCUCUGCCGCCUACAUCAACACCAUCCAGACGUCGUGCCCCUGGGUCCUGCGCUACCUCAUCGCCUCGGUCAUCACCGGCCGUACCCGCUCGCGAAACUCGUCCACCCAGCAGAAGCAGCUCAAGGACAUUGUCCGCUACGUCCGCCAGGAGGCCUACGAGUACGCCGACCCCGUCACCCAAUUUGUUAGCGCCCUCUACAUCGACCACGACUUCGAGGCUGCCCGCGAGGCCCUCCACAAGGCCGCCGAGGUCUGCCGCGCCGACUUCUUCCUUGCUUCCACCGCCGACGCCUUUGUCGAGGCUGCCCGCUACCUCAUCUGCGAGAGCUACUGCAAGAUCUUCUCCCGCAUGAACAUCCGCGACCUCUCCGCCAAGCUCGGCCUCAACCCCGACGACGGUGAGAAGUGGAUCGUCAACUUGAUCCGCGACACCCGCCUCGACGCCAAGAUUGACUCCCAAAACGGCACCGUCAUCAUGAACCAUCCCCCCAACAAUGUCUACCAGCAGGUCAUUGAGAAGACCAAGGGCGGCUUCUUCCGCACACAGGUCCUCAACGCUGCUGUUUCAAAGUAAAAGAACUAAGGGAAUAAAAUGGACAUGGGAUCUUCUUGGUACGGGGAAAGCGAGCUCAACGUGUAAUUUUGACGACAAUCAUGGGGAAAAUUUUCUCUUUUUUUAAGUAACUUUUUUUUGGCAUGGCUUUUUCUUUUUGUUUCUUUUUGCUCGACAUUACUGAGGGCAAGUCCUCUUCUGUUUCUUGCGUUUUGCUCAUGUCGUGUCUCUACAUCAGGGCCGAAGCCUACGCAACCUCUACCUACAAUCUCUCACCACCUCACCUUCCCCUUUCGCCAUAUUCAAACGUUCACUCGGAGUUGUUGGCUAGCUGGCUUGGGUAAUUCAGCAAGGAACAGAAAGACGGCGGACAAAAAAGGAGAAAGAAGACUUCAUUUUAUGGGUUUAUGAAGAAAAAGAACCUACGGCGCACAUUUAUCAUCAAAAGAAAAAAGAGAGCCCGGUCUGAGAGGAUUGGGUAACGCUUUAGAUUUCCGUAGGCAUCCGUACGGUAUUUUAGAUAUGGAGCGGAAUUUGAAACGAAUAUCAAAAAAGAGAAAUGAUUUUUAAACUAAACACCAGUGACUGCCUGCGUGGGCAUGCCGUCUCAUGACAAUAAAGUGAAAGUGAUGCGCGACUUGAAGAGAUCAACAAUGAAAUGGAAUGUAUGUUGCGUAAAAAAGCUAAAAAAGAAACUAUACAUAAUCGUGAUUCAUCUAGUAAUAGCUAUCAUCGUUUUGGAAAUCAUCACUCAUCGGCCUCUCGCGCAGCAAGCCAUACUUUUCCCUUGAGCGACUCAAUGUCGCUAUCACGCAUAAACCACGUUGUCCCAUGCGCCUCGCCAUCAUCGUCGUCCGCAUGUUCAGCAUGUAACUGCAUACUAGCCGUCAUAGUGGCCAUGCUUUCGGCAGCAGUUGAAGCCGGCUGAUUCUUUCGCGGUGCAAGACGGUCACGAACCGCACUCCAUUCAAACAGCAGUUUUGUGCCUUCGAGACGCUCCAUGUCGCCGCCGUCCAGAAUGCCUCGCUCCAUCUCCAUCUUAGCAUCGACUGCGGCGCCAAUGUCCUGCUCGUCCUCGGCGUUGUUGAGCAGCGCCGCCUUUUGGGCAUAGCUGACGCUCUCUAGGGAAUCGAGGUGCAGGAUCCAUUGGAGAGGGUUCUGGUCCUUGCCUGCGUCGCCGAGCGCGCUGAGCGUCGAUGUAAAUGUGCCUUCGACGGGUGGGCGGCGCCGCAGGUAUAUGCUCUGCGUCUCGGCAAAGGCUUCGCGCACCUUGUCGUCGCUAAAGUCUAGUCUGACGUCCCAGUACCGGGAGCCGCUCUUGGUGGAGAGGCUGAGGAUUUGGUCUAGUGGCGGGAGGAGACAUGGCGUGGUGCGAUGUGCAACGGACUCGACAUUGUUGGGUGUGCGUAGCCUGAUGUGCACAGGGAUGGAGACGGGUUGGUCUGUGAGUACGUCUUUGGCGACGAGGCAGCGCUGCUCGGCGGCUAGUACCCAGAAGUGCCGGAAAGCUUGUAGGUGAGCGCGGUUGUCCAUGACGUUGGUGGGCAACACGGGGUAGAAGGAGAGCAGGAGGGAUGCAAUCGCAAUGUUGCUGGUGCCAAAGGUUGCUGUGCCGCAUCCGAGGAAGAGUGCACCGAUGGCGAGAUGGGCAGCGAGAUGCGAGCCGUAGGGAACGUUUGGGUCAUCGCGGCCGUGGAGAGCUCGGAGGCGGCGCAGAACAGCGAUGUCGCCGGUGCCAGCCAUGACGAUGCCGGUGGAGAGCGCGAGGACGUCCUGGCACAUGCGCGCGUUGGCUCUGGCGAGCUCUUCGUCGUAGAGCGGCGCUGCGUCAGGGUGGUCUCGUUCGGUUGGCUCGAUGGAGGCAAUGCGCAUAAACUGGUCGAGGUAGUGCAGCAGCAGGUCGCGGACCUUGGUGGACGCGCUGCCGCUGAAACGUAGCGCAAUAGAGAAGCAGAUGCCGGCAAGGAUGCUGAAGAAGGGGAGGUCGGUUGACUUGAGUCUGCGAAUGCUAGAGAGUUUCGCUUGGCUUCGGUACGCGGCGGGCAGGCUGCUUUCCACCCAUGCCAUGGUUGGCUCAAUCUUGGACCAGAGGAUAAUGUUCUUGGCAACAGUGCGUAACAGAAGAAUGUCUGGGCGGACAUAGUCAAACUGAAGGAUGGACUCAGGAACGUCAAUCUUGCGGGCUACAAUUUGGUCCUCUGUCUUCAUAAAGAUUAGAGCAAUGGCCAUGACCGCUCCGGCAGCCGCUCUGUCGAGCACGUGAACAAUUUCGACAAUCUUGGUGGAUGUGGCGUGCGUUAUGAGCUUGUCAGUUAGCUUCAUAUCUGACAAGCCCUUGAGAUCAUUGCCUUUGCCUAGGUUGAUGAAGCCGAGGGCGAAUCCUGCAGCGAGACGAUAGCAUUCGCUGCGCAGGGGUUCUUCUUCGUCUUCAUCCUCAAUAUGCUCAAUCUCGGACAACAUAAUCUCACUCAUGCGCCGGUGCUGGCUGUUGCAGUAGAGCAGGCCAAUGCCCAUGAUGCCAGAUGUUUGUGUCAGUGGAGAAAGGUUAAGCUCGGCGGCACCUCGAGGCAGCAUCCGCGUGGCAUGGACGGAGAGCAGUCGUGUGAUGAGCGAGUCCAUGGUGCCCAUGUAUGAUGCAGCCAAGCCGAGCAAGAGACCGAUUGAAGUCAUUGUAUGCUUUGGUGUCAGGUACUUGAAUGCUACCCAUUUAGCAACAUCCUUCAAAUGUCCAUUUAAGCCGAGUGCAAGCAGAAAUCCGGCGUGGCGGUUGCUCAACUCUUGCCCAGGCUUAUUGUAGAGAAUCCAUGAUGUGUCUAUGCCCUUGGCCUGAGGAGAAAUGGCCAAACCAGCAGCAACACCUUGAUGAAAGAAGCCCCAGCAGACCUUUUCUUCUGUAAACAUGGAUUUGUCUACACCGACGGUUACAUUGGUAGGCUUGAUUAUGCAGUUGAGAUUGAAGCCACCAAUGUGAAGCUUUUGGGUAAUGAGGGGGAACCGCAAGCUAAAGUACAGAAGUCCUCGGCCGGCUGGGAUGGCGAGGGUUCCUGUAGCAAUCCUGGCAACGAGCUCUUUCUGCUUCUCGAGAUAUUCGCUUUCAGUCCACAGUUCGUGCGAUUUGAAGAACACAGCGCGCGACUUGUGUGUCGAGAGCAAAUCUUGAGCCUCGUUCAAACGACGAUCUUCUUUGAAGAGGGCACGGAUAACGGCUUGGCGCUCGGUUCCUUCGCCAUCAUCAUAACCAAGAUUGUUGGUCUCUGCUACACUUUGGCAUAAUAGUCGGAAAUCCCAUGCUGCAUUAUGUGAAGGUGCCUGAAGACUGUUAGGAAAUGUUCUUGUUCAUGAAGGCAAGACUUACUAAGAGAUUAUUUGAGGUUGUUUGUGUUGGCUUGUUUCGGGACAAAACGCUAAUCAUGUCACUUCGCUUGACCAGCUCUAGCAGCUCAGGGGACCACGCGUGUGGUGGAUGAGGUUGACAAAGGGUGAUGGCGUCUUGUAAUGGGACUAAUACGCCCUCUGGGAGUGUUUGCAGAAUGUACUUCGUUAGCCCGCAAUGGUGCAUGGCCUCAACCAUUUCAACUGCGGAAGACGUUGGUUUUAGCAUUCUGAAGAAUCGCUUAAACAUCAUUGUCCGAGGCACAAUGCUAUCCCAGCGAGUGUCAAGCAUCUUUUCAUCUUCUGAUAACUGCUUAUCGGCAUAAUAGAUAUCCAUCGGAGUUCGGUAUUGGCUUCGCAUGCCCAUGAAGCGAUUCUGGAUCCAUUCCAGAAUGUUGGGACAUGUAGCCGGGGCUGGAAUUGGAGGGUUGAGAACAAGUUCAGAGUCAUAUUUACGAUCGACAUCUUCCUGAAUGCCGAGCUCGUAGAUCGCCAUGAAAUUAUGCCAGCGCAACCACCGCGCCAGUUGGCACAGAACAACACGCAGAUCAGUCCGCCCAGACGUAGCAUGUUCUGGAGACAUGAUGUCUAGCUUUUCCUCUUCCAGUAAGAGAUGGAGAGCUAAAAGGAUAUCCUCCGACGUUUUUCGUCGGCUCUCAUCGUUUCGAGCGAGUGAUGUAGGCAAAUAACCAUUAGGGCCAAUGGCAAAGGCGCCUUGCUGUGAAACCAUGUAAUCUCUUGUUAAUCCCACAUGCCGCGAUAUAAAUUUAGGAACGGGGCCAUCAUCAAGAGACGGAGAUGCUGUUACAUCAGCGUCUUCAUGGAGUGCCCACUGCCAUCCCCUGUUGGUCAUCCAUGGCGGGCAGCCGAGAGAAUUUGUAGAUUCAGCAGCCUCCAUCAGCUUCCAGUCGUCCAUGUCGCGAACGCUGCCAAACGAGCCAGAGGCAUUUCGUCUGCGUCUCAUGGGCAGUCGGGCUGUUUGCAUUGCAUUCGAAUCGCCACGCCCCAAGUUUAGAAUAAGAGUGAAGAGCAAAAUGGUGACUGCCGACCACUCAGGAUCGGGAAGCGGCUCAUUCUGCAGCUUCAGCCAUUGCAUGACAUGCAGCCAACCACCGUGCAUACGUUCUCCGUUUGCAUCCUCCAAAAUAUUGCGACACAUUGCCAGAACACGGCCGACUUGCGGGUUCCGUGGCCGAAGUUGUAUCUUAAGCUGGUGUAGGCGUCCAUCAACGUCGACAGCGUCUACUACACCAAAGCUCCUCGGAUACCGAAGUCCCACUAUGCUGCCGUUGAGCAAGUCAAUUACUUCUGAUUUUCGAUGCUUAAUGUCACGGUCGACUUUGCGUCCCUGAUAUUGGAGACUUCGCGUGUCAUCGACAAAAACUAGUUCUGGCCAUAAGGUGGUUCGUUCGCUCCAAGGGGCCUGCGUACUCAGUUCAUGGCGCCCAUCCAUGGAUUCAGACAAGAUGAGAAUGGCUGAAUGAUCAUCAUCGACCAACUUACAGGAGUCGACCACAUUUUUAGCUUUCCGUAGAUCGGCCGACGUAAUGGCAAUACUGCUAGUCCUGCCAUUUGCUUUUUGGUCUGCUUCCGGAAUUCGGCGUAGGACAAUAUUGAGGUCGACAAUGUUGAGGCGACGCUCCUCGGCAUCUUGAACUCCGAUGAGUAGUUGAUUCCGGCUAUGCUCAUUGGUUGCAAACGAAGGCGAGCAAAGCGUAAAGACCUGCGAAUUCUUAAGGAUUGAAGUAGGGUCUGUGACGUGGACGUGUGUCUUCUCUAACGGGAACUGGUAGAUACGAGAAAAUAAGAGGUCCUUUUGAAGGCCAUCAAAAUCCGGAUCGUCAAGGCCCAUGUUAUGAAAACCUUCAUGCAGAUCAACGUCCAGUGGCGCUUCCAGCAGACUGUUUAGACUCCCUCGUCCCUGAUGGCCGAACCCGGAGCUAGAUCUCGCAUGAAUGUUGCUGUAUGAAUCAUGUCUUCUGGUCGUUGGUAUAGUAGGCUGAUCUGCAAAUGCAGAACGUUCUUGAGAUGCGGACAGAUCGGCGCGAGCAAGCAUUGAGCUUAGGCGACGCGAGCUACGUCUAGUAACCGCCGAACCUUCUUUAUCAUGUUUUUCCAAAGACGAGACUAAAUCGACCGGCUUUUCAACCCUGUCACUAUUUCGCUGCCGUUUUCCAGGUAGUGGUGCACCAAAGCUUUCGCGGAGCCCUGGCUUUGCAGGGGUUGCUGGAGUUCCAAGAUAUGGAGGGGCGAUGGAACUUCGUCUUCGUGACGCCUUUUCCUUUAGGAUUUUUCGCUUGCGGACAAAUGGAUCUUCGUGCUCUAGGUACUUUAGUCUCCAUAUUGAGUAGAGGUUUGCCUCUGCAUUGACAGUAACAGCAAUGAUGAGUUCCUCUUCUUGGAAGCACGCGCCUGGUAAAGGUAUUUGCUCGACGUGUAGCAGUUGCUCCGCAGGGUCUAAAAAGUUAGAGUUUCUUGGUUGUCUCCUAUACUUUGGCCUUGGGGUCUGCGGCUUGUGAUCUGUAACAACAAGACCGAGUUCCAGCAAAGGAUCCAUCAAUGAAACGAGUCGAGGCCAUUGUGAUGCUGUCUGGGUAACUGGGUCCUCGAACAGUUGGGCGAGACUAGAGUUGAGCCCAAUCGCCAGUGGCUUUUGCGAUGACGGCUCAACUCCAUCUACUAUAAAAGACUGUUGAGAGCUUGUAGAGUCGGUCACCUGGGACGAAAUGAAAGAGUUUGUCGGGACGCGGGGAAACUUGAGGGCGGCUGGCGGCUUAUUGGCGUCUCGCUUUCGUUGUAUAAGCACACCAACAGGCCCAGCACAUGCUGCUUCAACCUCAAACGGUAUAUGGACAAUAUGGCUGGUGCCAGAGAGGAAGUAUAUGUGGGCUUGUGUUUUGAGAAAUACAACCAGUGCCUUUUCGAGUGGUUCAUCGUCCGUCUUUCGAUCGCUGGAAGAUGCUGCCUUUGCAGCUUUGUUUCUGUUUGCCGUACUGUGAGAAUUGGGGAAAUAUGCCAAAAGAGCCUUUACUAUUUGCUCUUUUUCAUUAUCGAAGCGAAACGUCUUGCAGACAAUACGUCCGCGACUCCAUAUGACAGCAGUCUCCGUCACAAGGAGCUCGUCUUCGACAAUCUGUUGGCCAUCACGAGCAGAAUCUAUAAUCCAUCGAUACGAAGCGUCUGGGGGAUUGGCCGGUAAUAUUUGUUCUUCAAUGGCGUGUCGCAAGCCAGAAGGUUGGUGCAAGCCAAGGGACGUCACGGACGCCAUGUCGUCUGGGCACCCAUGCGCUGGCGUAUACUCUAUAUGUGGUGUAUCGUGCCCUUGUGGCGGUGCAGCUUCUAUGUUUCGAAAUAGAAAGAGAUCCAGUCAAUUCGCAGCGUGUUUCAAAAAUCAAAAAAAAAAGCGAGGGGCAGCCAGAUGCUCAACGGCUGAUGACCGCGUUUCUGAUACGCGAUGUGAAGCUACCAAAAAAUGUGUGGGUCAGCGGAGGGACAGGUGGGGGUGCU